AUGACGCAGAGCAUAAAGGAUGACGCGUGGAGCAGAAAGGAUGACGCGGGCGUGAGCAUAAAGGAUGACGAGCGAUCUCCCACGUCCCCUCAGGAUGUCCCCGUCCCUCAGGAUCUCCCGUCCCCUCAGGAUGUCCCCCGAUCUCCCCCGUCCCCUCAGGAUGUCCCCCGUCCCCUCAGGAUCUCCCCGUCCCCUCAGGAUGUCCCCCGUCCCCCCAGGAUGUCCCCCGUCCCCUCAGGAUCUCCCCCGUCCCCUCAGGAUGUCCCCCGUCCCCCCAGGAUGUCCCCUCAGGACGUCCCCCCCAUGCUGCCAGUACGAGCGCCGCAUUCCUCGCUGGACAUUCCUCGGCGGAGGGAAGUCAUCAGCCGGGCGGCGGCUUCCUGUGGAGCGGCGAGAGGGUCUGACCACACGGCCGACUCUCUGCUGCCGGGGCAUGCCCAACUCCACCCAUCACUCCUCUAUUACACCACCCAGCCCGCACGGGGCCCCCGCACGAGGCCCCACGCACGAGGCCCCGCACGAGGCCCCCAUGACGAGGCCCCCUUGCAGGCGCCCAUGCGAGGCCCCCCCCACGAGGCCCCGCACGAGGCGCCCAUGCCUGAGGCCCCAGACGAGGCCCCCCGCACGAGGCGCCCGCACGAGGCCCCACGCACGAGGCCCCGCACGAGGCCCCCCGCACGAGGCCCCCCGCACGAGGCCCCCCACACGAGGCCCCAAGACGAGGCCCCCCGCACGAGGCCCCGCACGAGGCCCCCCACACGAGGCCCCGCACGAGGCCCCCCGCACGAGGCCCCCCGCACGAGGCCCCCCGCACGAGGCCCCCCGCACGAGGCCCCCCGCACGAGGCCCUCCGCACGAGGCCCCCCGCAUGCCCGUUUCACACACUGA